GGUCUUCUGCAUCCCGCGCAGCCUCUCUCCUCUCUCUGCGCUCCAACACCGCCCGCGCACCCGGACCUUCUUCCCAUGAGGACCCCUGGCAAGAGAACGACACCCCCCCCCCCAACCACAACAACCCCAAACACGCACAGAAGCGCUGCGCUCUCUCUCACAUCUCUCUCACAUCUCUCACCGCCCGCCAGCUCGUCUCUACGUUUCGCCGGGGUCGUGGUGUUGGGGGAAGACGAUGUGGAUUUAAACCUGUGGACGGACCAGGCACAACCGGCGUCGUGUUGUUACCGGCAUCUGCAAGCGGCUGGCAGCAGACUAGGCAAUGGGAGCUACCACAGCCAUCAGGGGGGGGUCUCUGGAGCAGAUUGUGGAGUGCGACGGAGACGACGACGGCGAGGUGUUCGUGUCGCCUCGGUCCGGUCAGAGCCCCAGCGUGGACGUCCGCUUCCCAGUGGUAGAGGUGCCAGAGGAAGGCUCCGACGUCACGAGCCCUGGGGCUGAGAGGAGCGGGGACGAGGAGGAGGAGGAGAGGGGCGAGGGGCUUGGGAAGGUGUACACGGACGGCCGGACACGCCGCAGCGUCUCCUGCCCUGAUCUCGGUGAGAGCUUCCCAGAGAAUUCUGACUCCACUCCCGAUCCGAGUCCUCGAAGGCCGUCGGGGCUGGCCAUGAUGAUGGGCUCGUCCUCCGUGGCCUUUCCGCCCGAGGCCGGCUCGGCGGGGAUGCGGUGCUCAGAAGGGAUCCGGCGAGGCGAGGAGAUUUACAUCAACAAGUUGGCCAUGGAGCAGGAUGAGGAGGACGAGGAAGAGGACGAGGAGAACGACGAUUGCAUUCAGCACCACCACCACCGCCUCCACCUCGUCCCGGGCGCCACCACCUCGUCAUCCACCGACGCGCAUCGCCCGCCACGGAUGCUCGCGGUGACGGCGAUGGGAAGCCCCGACGACGAGCCACCCGACGGGGACGACCGAGCGGGCGACGAUGGCGGCGGCGAGUCGCGGCGCCGGGCGGACCGAGCCGCGGGCUCGAGGGGGGCGACCGGAGGCGGCGACGACGAUGCCGCCGCCGUCGCCGCAGACGACGAAAACGACGACGACGGAGACGACGACGAAGACGACGAAGACGACGACGACGACGACGAAGAGGGCGGCUGCGACGCGAACGGGUUCGGGAACGCGGCGCUCCGGUUGUCGCGCCUGCGGAUGUCGAUGCGCUCGAUCUCGCCGGGACGGCGCCACAGCUGGGAGCCGGCCAAGAAGCGCGCGGUGGUCGAGUCCAAGAGACGCAGCGCCAGCGUAGAUGAGCUCGACAGUCACAGCGAGGGGGAGGAGGAGGCGCAGGAGGUGGAGGAAGAGGGUGCACGUAUGUCCACGGUGGUGGCUGAGGAACAUGGAGAAGAGGGGGAGGACGAUGUGGUGGAGGAGGAGGAGGAGGAGGUGGAAAGAAAACGACGUUUGGCAAAAGUGGGAGGCACCGUUGGGGAACGCCCUCAAACGUUAGAGGGGCUUUCGCCUCCAUUCGGGAUUCUCCACGAGCACCACGACCUCUCACCGGACGGCGAGGAGGCCAGAGCGCUGGGUUUGGGCCCAAUGCCCUACAGGAAGUCGGCGAUGAUGCCACACCUCCCGGACCACGAGCCCUUCAUUACUAAGUCAAGGUCGCGCAGCGUGUCGUAUGUCCCAUCACCCGAAUGGCGGACGCAGUCGGCCACUCUUCCGUCCAACAUGAGCCUCUCGUCGGUCGUCAUGCCGCAGACGGAGGAUCCGGGAGUGGUCUCCCCGAGCAAGCCGGACGGGGAGAAGGCCGGAACCCGGGUGGCACGAACGUUCAGCUUCCUCAAGAACCGCAUGACCAGCACAAAGAACCGCAACAAGUCCAAGACCAAGGAGGGCAAGGAGAAGCCACCGCAGGGUGGGGCUCAUCGCUUCGCCUCGGCCACCUUCUCCAGCCCCACGCACUGCUCGCACUGCGGGAAGGCGCUGGGAGCACGGGACGCCUUGCAGUGUCUCAGUUGCAAUGUGUGCACUCAUCGGAAUUGCUCGGAUUACUUGAGUCCCUGUCCCAAAAACAUUUCAAAGUCGAAGUCGAGCGCUGGAGGAGAUCUCCAUUCGUUUUCUUACACUGGCCACAUACAUUCGCCGCAGAGGCCACUCUCCGUGAGUUCGCCCGCCGACGGGAGGCUCCCCCACGGUGCCGCCAUAAGCUCCUCCUCGUUGGCCACGUCGCCUGGAGCCAACAUGGCUGGCACUGCCACUCUGCCGAAGAGCGGCUCCUCCAGCAACCUCCAGAGCUCCGUUUUAGAAGAGAUGGAUUCGGAAGCCGAGCACGAUUCGUUACUGCAAGGUGGAGAGGGCUACAUCAAGCCGUCCGAUUCGCCGCCCAAUGAAGCGCUGGAAUGCGACGUGGUGGAUGCCAGCGGCCCCCUGCGUUCGCCGGACGUCACCGACCCCGAGGGGUUUGACGUGGAGUCGUGGAGCCGCGCCGUCACGCCCGCCUUCCUCAAGCAGCUGGAGCCCAGCACCGUCAAGCGCCAGGACGUCAUCUACGAGCUGAUGCUGACGGAGAUCCACCACGUGCGCACGCUGCACAUCAUGAGCGACGUGUUCGCGCGCGGCAUGCGGGAGGAGGCCGCGCUGGAGGGCGGCACCAUCGACGGCAUGUUCCCUCGCCUCGCCGACCUCCGCGAGCUCCACGAGGCCUUCCUGGCCGCGCUGUGCGAGUGCCGGCGGCGCGCGCUGGAGGACACCGGCGGAGGCGGCGGUAUUGGCGGUGGCGGCGGUGCGCAAACCAACGGAAGCCUCGCUGGCGCCGGCGAUGGGAAAAACUUCGUCAUCAAUCGCAUCGGCGAGUUGCUGGUGCAACAGUUCUCAGACGCGAGCGCGGAGAGGCUGGUGAACGUGUACGGGGAGUUCUGCGGGAGGCAGAAGGAGGCCGUGAGCCUCUACAAGGAGCAGCUCAGCCGCAAGGCCUUCCAAUCCUUCGUCAUGAAGCAGAGCAUGAAUCCCAACACUCGGAGGCUGGGGGUUCCGGAGUGCAUCCUCCUCGUGACCCAGAGGAUCACGAAAUACCCCGUCCUGAUCGCCGAGAUCCUCAAGCACACAAAAGACGACCCGGAGGAGCACGCGGAGCUGUCGCGAGCGCUGGUGCUGGUGAAGGACGCGGUGUCGGGCGUGGACGCGCGCGUGCGUGAGCGCGAGCGCCAGUGCUCCGUGGCGAUGCGCGUCGACUCGCGCUCCCAGAGCCGCAUCAACGGCCGCCCCUUCCUGCGCCGCGACCUCGCCUCGCCUGUGCGGCGCCUCCUGCACGAGGGCUCCGUCCAGUGGAAGACGGCCGCCGGGAGGAACAAGGAGGUCUGGGUCCUGUUGAUGACGGAUGUCUUAAUUUUCCUUCAAGAAAAGGAUCAGAAAUACGUCUUCGCCUCCCUGGACCAGAAGGCGGCGGUGCUGGCGCUGCACAGGCUGAUUGUGCGCGAGGUGGCGCUGGAGGAGUCUGAGAUGUUCCUCAUCAGCGCCUCCAACCCGGAGAUGUACAAGCUGAACCUGCGCUCUCGGGAGUCGCGCGACGUCUGGAUCCAGCGAAUCCGCUCGGCGGUCGAGUGCUGCACAGAGGAUACGGUUUGUGCCACCGCAGAAUUGGAGGAAACGACUCGGCUCAAACAUUUCUGCGAGCGGCUGCUCGAGUUGGACCAGCGCGUGGGCAGCAGCGUGGAAGAGAAGUUGCGAAUCUACGGCGAGAUGAGCGGGGGCGAAGUGGUCUUCGGCACCAGGGCGCUGCUCCGCGCCGAUGCCACGGAGCCUCCCAAGGCUGAGCCGAUCGUCGCGCAGAUCGCCCAGGAAGUGCAAGCCCUGGAGGAGCUGGUGAGCUCGCCACUGCUGCCGCCCUCUGCCGUGCCGUCGCGGCACGGCAGCGUGGUGAGCUGCCCCGAAGCGACCUCCGUGAGCACGCCGCCGCCGCCCCGACGCUCCGGCACCUUCUCAGCCUUCGACUGCCGUGACGAGCUGCCAGGGCUGGCCGCUCCUCACCGAUUGUCCCUGACCACCGAGACCCAAAUCUACGAUCCCCCGCCCGAGUUCAAGGACUCGGUGAAGUCCGGCGGGCGCCGCAAUGGCACCGAUGCCUCCUGCUCGUCCUCCUCCUCCUCGGCAGAGCCUGACACUGGCGACGCUUGCGCCGGAGCCGAGCUCUGCUCUUCACUGGACCCGCAGGCGCUGCUGAUGCACGUCGUCAAGCUCAAGGGCCUGGUGGACAUCCUGAAGGUGGCGGUGAGCCGCCAGGACUCGGCGCUGGAGCUGCAGCGUUUCUUCGAGCGCGAGGGCAGCCGGGCGCCACGGCCCGGCAGCCUCUUCCUGGAGCACGAGAAGCAGCGCAACAUGGAGAAGCAGCGCGAGGAGCUGGCGAGCGUGCAGCGCCGCAAGGCCGAGCUCGUGCGCGAGCAGGAGCAGUGGGAGCACAAGCAGGAGCAGCAGCAGCGGGUGCUGGAGGAGCGCCAGCGAUCUCUGCGGCACCAGGAGGAGGAGAGCCGCCGGGCCCGCGAGGAGUCCGAGCGCCACAGGCAGGAGCUGCAGCAGCAGCGCGAGGACUACCAGCGCGACCUCGAGCACCUGCGUGACAGCCAGCGCACCGUCGAGCGCGAGCGCCAGCGCCUCGAAACCCUGCAGAGCCGCCUGCAGCAGCGCAAGCAGGGCCUCGCGGAGACGCACGACGGCACCAAGACAGGACGCUCGUCUCGCUCCAACAGUUUCCUGGGUGACCUGACGGGCGAAGGCGGCGGUGGCGGCAGCAACCACCACCACCAGCAGCAUCACCACCACCAUUCGGCGAGCUUCAGCAUCGGAGAUGGGGACGCCGGUGGAAUCGAGAUGGAACCUGCGCUCGCUCCUCCGCCCUACCCCGGCGUCCGAAUCGGCGGCGGCGCCGGCGGGGGCGGCGGCGUCGGCGGCGGUGUCGGAGGCGGCAGCGGCGGUUCGUCCGUCCCCGGCAAUUCCCUGCACCGCGAGGAGAGCAACGCCUCGACGUUCGGACGCAACCCCACGUACGGGAGCUACCGCGUGCCCCAGCAUCUGGUCAGCGCCACCAAUCAGAGCCUCAAGCCCACGGAUGUGGUGCAGCAGAUCCCCAAGAAGCUCCUGGCCGAGGGAGGAGGCAAGGUGAAGGAUAAAGACAAGGACAAGGAUAAGGACAAAGAUAAGUUUGGCAAGAGCAAGCAUCACAGCCUGAGAGAGCCAUCCAGCUCAAGCUCCGCACAGGACGUGUCACUCCACGGCACCAUGCCGAGGCAAACCAAGCCGCCAAAUUUCUCAGGCACCAACGUCACGGCGGCUCCGACGAAACGUCCGAUGGUGCCGCCGUCUGGCCUCAAGGUUGCGGGGGGUGGUGGUAGUCCCCACCCUGGUACCACCGCCGCCGCCGCCGCCGCCGCCGCCGCCACCGCCGCCGCCGGCGGAACAGGACCUCCCCUGAACCAGGACGGGCCCGAGACCGGCAGCUCCGAGCAGGUGUUCUUCUGCUGAAGUUCAGGGCCACCGGACGGUACCGACGCCACGUGCUCUGGCCGAGACGGCGGAGGGCGGGCGGGCGGACGGACGGAGAAGCGACGGCGGCGGAGGGGGACUUGAUUCGAGCGAGAUGGCCGGCCGCGAAGCCGUGCGAGCCGCUCGCUUGGACGUGGUUUGCGAGCCCGCUUUGACGCCUCUGUCGCGGUUGACGACUUGAAGGUCUCUUUUGGCGACGCGCGUUCUGCGCUAGAACGUCGAGUACCGCGCGUCUCCUGCGCGUCUCCCGCGCGCGAGCGAGCGAUUGAGCGUGCGAGGGGUUUGGGUUCGAUGCGCGUCGAUGGAACUGUUUUUGUUUUAAUGCACUGGCAUCGGUGGACUUGACCUGCGUUGCGAAAAUAGCAGAAGAGGGGAAUGCGUUGAGGAUCGAAAGCGCAAUGAAUUAUGGCGCGCAAUAUCGUGCUUCGAUUGAGCCUUAUGGGGGUUUUAAUUUUUUUAUUCAAUAGGCGAUCACAAAAAAUAUUUGUAACAUUUUCAUACCGCUUUUAUAGAGGCUGUAAGAGAAGCUUGCAUAUGCCUUGCGCAUGUGUACAAGAGCCGUAUGUGUUAAAACACAAUGCUUGAAAUGGAGAUGGCGUUUUAAAUAAUAAUACAUUCCAAGGUUAUCGUUUUAGGUCGGUCCCUCUGCCUGUGAAAUGGCAUUUUUUAAAAUGCGCGUAUUUAUAAGAGACAGAAUGAAAACAUAAAAAAACCGUGUUCUUGAACAACGAAUAACCACAUUUUAUGGGCAAUUAUUUACGUUCCACGCAGACAGGAUCCAGGAUGCUUCUAUUGCUAAACAGCUUAAAUGUUCACCAUUGCGCUAUUUAACAAAAAUAAAACGCUAAAAAUUCCAAUAAUACAUGAAAUGCUUUAAUGGACACCGUUCUAUUUAAUUAGUUGAUAGCACUUUAAGGAUAUUAAGAACCGUUAAGCUGGCAAUUCUCAUCGUAAGUACGCUUUGGAAUGUGUGCCACUAGCUUAGCGACUACUGAACACAACGCCAUGAGUUAUAGAAGGGUUCUUCUUUAUUUGUCAAAAGAAGAACUUGGCGGAGAUGAUGACAUCUUUUAAUCGCAAAAAAAACAAUACCUGCAGAUAUUUCAAAAACGCCUUUGCUGUAUCGCCUUAGAAUCUGCACGAGCGAGCUUAAACCCUUCGCGGUGUUGUACGCUUUGGUUUGCCACUCUACGUGAAUAAUGUAACGGUGUGUGUGUGUGUCUAUUUAAAAAAAAGAAACACGUUUUAGCUCAUUAAUGAAUUGUAACAGCAGGCAUUUGGAAAGGGCUCGCCACGCCGAGAGACGGUCGCCUUUUAACGAAGGGAUCAACGUGGUCUGUGCGGUGCCACCCAAUCGGAAACAGCACUCGUGUGACUUUACACUUAGCAUAGAAUCGGAUUUGCAAUAGCUCUUAAGUGACACGGGGCGCUUUCCAGUUUUCACGUUUCGCAUGGCUAAAUCUUCCGUCCAUGAUCGAACGUCGCUAUAAGCCGUGCACGGUCCCACAGUUGGUCCACUGCCGGAUGAGGGCCUCGCCACGCCGUGUCCGGUCACGGGGGGUUGUUUGACCAUACUUCGCCACUCCUGGUUAGUUCGGGUCAGUGAAGGCGGUGAGCAUGCACGUGCGAGCAUAGUACAGUACAACUCUGGAUUUUUGCUGUGUUGCCCUCCGCCGCCCCCGUUUAGUCGGCCCGAAGUGGCCUCUAACCCGUGUUAUAGGUUGACUCGGCCUAAAACGAGAGUGCCUUGUGCGGGUGCUGUCAACUUUCCCACCGAGGCGACAGAGUGGGCACACGUAGUCCGUUCGUUGAUCGCGGCCACACUUCACCCCACCCAAGUCGAUCGUGGCUGGGAAUCCAACUCGGACGCGCCGAGUUCAGGGGCCCGCUGCGGGCAUUCCGCUGCGCGACCGCUGCCGCCCGUGGCGGCUGGAACGGAACUCUCGGGCCGCCGGGUUUCGCAGUGGAACGUCGGUGCUUGCGAUUGUCGCGACGGUGACGCCGAUGAAGACCCCGACCCGCGCGGCUGUGGCAAAAACAAAAACAAAAAAACUGGAGAGAACGCCUUCUCACGUCUUUUUGCCACUGUUGUGAAAAACGACACGCGCACGCCGCCGCACGCACAACGCGGCAAUUGUUGAAUUUUGACACGGUGUUUGCCAUGCCCUGUGUAUAUAGGUGUACGUAAAAAUUUUUUUUAUAUAUAUAAGAAUGCAUCUUUGCCUAAAUCGUGUUGUUGUCAAUAACGCUUUUGUGUAAUUGUUAUGCCGCCACCGCGUGCUCUCUCGCCGAAUCUCCCGCUGCGAGCGUCACCGUUUGAAAUCCCCCGCCGGCCCCCCCCCCCCCGUCAUCCAGACCCGCGUGCGCGCGACGCUGGUUCACGCGCGACGCUGGUUCACGCGCAUCCCGCGCGCGCGUCACAACAACGAGAAGCACGCCGUCCCGCGCACACUCCCCGCUCGGCUUUUUUCACGGUGUGUGUGCGUGUGUGUGGUUUUUUUUUUUGGGAGGGGGUGUGGGGGGGGGGGGCUCGUCGAGACCUUUCCAUUCCGUCUCGUUCGCCUCCGGCGGCCUAAUGCGAGAGCUGACGCUUGUUUCAAUACACUCACAUUGAGAUACAGGAUCACACUGUCAAUGAAAAUGGUGAAUAAACAAACUACCAUGCUGUA